AAUCCUUCCCACCAAAACCCAACUGUUUAUUCAACUUCUAACACACAUUUCAUUCAUUCUUCUUCCUUUCACAUUUACUCUCUUUUUCUCUCUCAUUGAAAAUGCAACUUUUCCAAAACAUGUUCCAUUUUGUAUACACAAAAAUAUAGAGAGAGAAGGGAGAGGGAGAGAGAGAGAGGAGAGGGAAGAGAUGGAUAGUUCUUCCAUGGGGGCUGGGUUCAUGGCAGUUUUUGCAGUCUCAGGAAGUGUGGUGAUUCUUGCCCAUCAAGUUCAUAAGCGCCUUGUCUCCGACUUCAUGAAGAAGAUUGAAUUUGAAUUGGAAGGAUCACACAAAGAUGAACCCAAGAAAAAGGUCCGGUUUGCCGACGACGUGGUAGAGCCGUCAUCUGACAAUAAAGAAUAUCGCAAAAAGCAUUUGCCAAAAACAUCAGCCAACAUCGAUGACCGAAAUUCCAUCGUAAACCAGACCGAUGAUGAGAAAUUGGUGGACACCAUGCCCCUCAAUUGGCAAGUUUUGUAUAAAGGGAAAAUACAAUGUAAAACACAUAGAAGCCACAGCAUCUCACACUGCUUAUAAUUAAUUUCAUUUUAUUUUAUUUAGGUGUGUAUACAAUUUUAAAGAAAUGUAUAUGUAGCUGUUGAAUAGUCACAACUUUUUAUCCAUGUAACAAACAUCUCUGGUUUACUUUAUAAGAAUUGAAGAGGAACUCACACAAAUUCUGAAUAAAUGUCACAAA